AACACUGACAUGUCCAACAUGCUGCUGUGGAGCUGCUGCACCAUCUGGACUCUGCUGUGGGGCGUCGCUGCUGCUGCAGUGUUUGUAGAGAAGCAUGAGGCCAGCUCAGUCCUGCAGCGCUGGCGGCGAGCAAACAGCGGCUUCCUGGAGGAGUUCAAACAAGGAAACCUGGAGAGGGAAUGCAUCGAGGAGAUCUGCAGCUACGAAGAGGCUCGAGAGGUGUUUGAAGACGAAGACCAGACGAUGCAGUUUUGGCUGACAUAUGAUCGUCGUGAAACCUGCGAGAUCAACCCGUGUCAUAACAACGGGACGUGCAUUAAUAUGGGAACUACCAACGAGUGUCGGUGUCUCGAAGGCUUUGAAGGACGAUACUGUCAGACAGCGUUUGAAGAGACUCUGAAGUGCGUCUACCUAAACGGACACUGUCAGCACUUCUGUGACGGUUCAGGAUCGAGGCGUCGCUGUUACUGCGCUAACGGAUACGUGCUGGGAGACGACGGACGACAGUGCAUCCCCAACGUGAAGUAUCCAUGUGGUCUGGCCCCGCUGGAGAAAGGACAAAACCAGAGUGUGAUUAAUCCCAGGAUGGUGGGAACGAAUCAUUGUCCCAAAGGAGACUGUCCUUGGCAGGUAUUGGUUCAGUUAAAUGGAAGGAGCCACUGUGGAGGCGUGCUAAUCCAUCCAGAGUGGGUCAUCACUGCCGCACACUGCAUCCAUGGCCACGACCAAAACCUAACCGUGGUGGCAGGGGAACAUAACUUGGAUGUGGAAGAAGGGACAGAACAGAAGAUAACCGUUUCCAUGGCAGUCGCCCACGAUGAUUACAUCCCAGCGACAGGCGACAGCGACAUCGCCUUGCUGCAGUUGAGCCGUGGCGCCAACUUGAGCCAACACGUCAUCCCCGUCUGCCUGCCCACCAAAGACUUCGCCGAGCAGGAGCUGCUGCUGCAACGUUACCACGCGGUGUCUGGGUGGGGCAAGAGGACGACUGGGGGCAAUGCCGUGCCACUUGGCGCCCUGGUCUCCCCUGUCCUCCGCAAGAUGUCAGUCCCCAUCAUCCAGAACUCCCAGUGCUCCCAGAGAGCCCGCUUCAACUUCACCAAAAACAUGCUGUGUGCCGGAUACUUGGAAGGACGACAGGGUUGCCGUGGCGAUGAUGGCAGCCCGCUGGUGUCGCUCUUCGGCUCCACCCACUUUCUGACAGGUGUGGUUGGGUGGGGGCAGGGCUGUGGGUCUGGGUAUUAUGGGUUGUAUACCAACGUGGCCAACUUCGUAGAGUGGGUGGAGAAGACCAUGAAAAACCCACCAACCCCGCGGCCGCCGCGGCUUUUUGAACUGCUGGAGCAGAAACGCAUUUAAGAAACAAGGAUUCAUUUUUCUGAAUGAAGUUUAAAUCCUUUCUGAUAAAUCUGAAACUUUAUCACUGAAAUCCUUCUAUUUGUACUGCUGGUCUGUCGGGUUUGUUUCAGCUGAAAUGUUUAAAAUGAAGAAACAUUUCUGGUGUUCUGGAAAACAAAGAAGCAGAAUAAAUGUCACCGACUGAGAGCUCUGUGGCUAAUCUCAACUCUUAAUUUUGUUUUUCUGUGUUUCUGUGUCCUCCUCCUCUGCCUGUACUGCAGAUUA